AUGGCUCCUCAAACAUCAAUACCCCCCGCAGCGAAUGUGCUAGGGACUAUCGGCACCAUCUGCUGGUGCGUCCAGCUGUUGCCACAGCUCUACCGCAGUUAUCGCACCAAAUCCACUGAGGGAGUGCCGCCAGCCAUGAUGUUUCUAUGGUCUGCCAGUGGUGUGCCGUUCGGAGCCUAUGCCAUUUCUCAAAAAUUCAACAUUCCUCUUCAGAUACAGCCACAGUGCUUCUGCCUCUUUUGCCUCAUGAGUUGGGGUCAAUGCAAAUAUUACUCAAGUGGUUGGAAGAAAGUCAAAAUCUUCUUCACUUGCGUAGCUAUACUACUUGUCGACGCCGGUCUUCAAGGUGUUCUUAUCUUCGGCCUGCGUAAGGGCUACAAUGACAAGCACCUGGAGUGGCCGUUAACUCUUGUUGGGGCCGUGGCAUUCAUUCUUCUCAUCUCCGGCUACAUGCCUAUCCCGUUUGAGUUGAUCAGGCGGCGAGGAAGGGUGGUUGGGAUAGAUUUCAUCUUCUUGAUCAUAGAUUGGUUUGGUGCAUUCUUCUCGUUAUUAUCCCUAGUCGCACAAAACACAUUUGAUCCCCUCUUCGGGACUCUAUACGCUCUGUGCGCAUGUAUCGAGAUGUCCAUGUUCGUGUCACACGGAAUAUGGCUUCUGCGCACCCGCCAUCUACGCAGAAUGUGCACGGAGCUGGGAGUGGACUUUGACGCAUACCCUCCAGCUGUAGAGUGGCAAAACAGCGGCAUCAAAGUGCCCUGCAAGCAGUAUCCGUCGUCGACAGUUCACUGCACAACGGAUACUGAAGCGUCAGCAGACACCGCCGCUGUCAAACAGGAGUCGGGGGCUGGUCAUUCCGCCGCAGCUACUCUGACGGCAUCAGAGGUUUGA